AUGGAGGAUACUUCAGAGAGCGAUUUCAGGCUGGAGGAAGUCUCCCUCAAGGUUGUUAACGGGCUGAAUGAUGAUGAAUCUUUGUUAGACAUCGUUGCAGUUCAUGGGUUGGGGGGUCAUUGCAAUCGCUCGUGGAUUACUGAGGCCGCCGAUGAUCAGAAGGAGUAUAUAUGGCUGAAGGAGCUUUUGCCCAAGCACAUUCCUCAGGCGCGCAUCAUGGAGUUCACCUGGCAGCCUGUGACAACAGAACGCACUGGCAUCUUCUCAAGUGAGGGGUUGACCAAGGCUGCCCAGUGUCUUCUAGAGUUGAUGAUGGGCAGGCGAAAGGGCGAUAAGUACCAUGAUCGUCCUAUCGCCUUUCUCGGGCACGAUGUGGGUGGUAUUAUCGUGAAAAGGGCACUCGUCAUGGCUGAAAGCAACGCCACUUUCACUAGCAUCUCUCAACGCAGCAAUCGCGUCGUAUUCUUCGGCACUCCGCAUCGUGUGUUGAACACAUCUGAAUGGGACAAUGUGAUCUUCAACAUAAUCUCCUCAUAUCAACCGUCAAUUGGCUACAACUAUAACAUGGCAACCCGAGUCAACUAUUUGUCAAAGGCUAUUAAGGACCUAUCCAACGAGUUCAUCUCUCUGCCAGUACGACGAUGUAUUGUCAAUGUUUUCCAGGACACCACAGGGGACAAGGUGCCGGUUAUCAACCGCUAUUCCGCCACUACAGGUCUUGUCCAUGAAACGAAUAUUGCGCGUCGGGGUAGACACAGUGAUCUUUCUAGAUUUGUCAACGACGGACCGGAACUGGAAUUCUCUCUCAUCGUCAAGAACUUGGCGGCAGAGACAAAUGCAUCUUACGCCGACUGCCUCUCUGCUCUGUGGAACAUCUCUCCGUCCUUUACGGUCUUCACGGACGAGCAAGAGAUAUAUAUGCAAUCACAGACCAGAUUGCUUGAUGGAUAUAAAAACUGGCAACACUCUGCUUCGUCACACAUCAUCACGACCUGUGGAGUCCAGGGCUUCGGUACGAGUCUCAAUGCGCGGUCUUUGUUUCGUUGGCUGAGGCAAUCAUCGUGUACGAGCUAUUUCGCGUUCAGCGGCCGUGAUAUCCGAAGACAAUCUGCUGUCUCGUUCCUGAGUUCGAUUGUUUUCCAGAUUAUGAACCAGGGCCAAGACAAAUUCAAGAGGAUAGAGAGCCUUUAUGCCGACAUGAAGACAUCCGGAGCUUGGACACAGGCCGGCUUGCUCGUACUCUUUCAAGCUUUGCUGGACCAGGAGAGUAAUGACCCGCUGUAUCUCAUCAUCGAUCGUCUUGACAAGUGCGACUCUUCGUGGCGAGCGCUUAUAGAUAUUUUCUUGAUCAUCUCUAAAAACGAGCAACCUCCCACGAGGGUUAAGUUUGCGAUAUUCACUCAAUCUAAUCCGGCUAUUGAGGAAGUCUUGGGUAAGUUUGGUGAGUCUCGCAUGGAUGGCCCGGCCCUAACCUACAGCCCCCCUGAGCUUCUCGUCGGGGCUCUGGCUGAGAAUAUAAUCGGGGAUAUUCCCGAGCUCUCGCCCCUCAAGUCCCAGAUACUCGAGUUCCUCGGACGAUGCACAGAUUGUACGGAGUUACUACUGAGCCUGCACUCCCUACGCGGCAUGGACAUUGCUCCACGUAGUCUGGCAUCACUCCUGAGACUGAUGGGCACUUUCCCGCCGAAUCUUGAAGAUGCCAUUGCCACUCGAAUCAACUCGAUGCGAGGAUGGUCAAGAGUGGCCUUGGGGUGGCUUAUGUGCGCAAAACGGCCUUUCAGGCUCCACGAGCUUGCGACGGCCGUCGCGCUGACAGAUAGCAAUGCCAAAUUCGCUUGGCCCUUUGAAACAGAGGAGCUGCCUAUUGAUAUGGCAGCAGAGUUAUAUUCUACAUUCGGGUUCCUAGUGAGGAUCGAGAAUGGCCAGGUCCUGAUCAGUACCGACAUCAUCAAAAAGGGCAUCCGUGGCGUGCUGGCCCAUGAACAGACCUCCACAGGGGUUGAAUCGGAGAAGGCAAUCAUUCCAGAUGAUGCUCAAAUCACCAAGAUUCUUCUAGAAUAUCUAACAUCCGUUACUGAAGACAUGGAGAGGGCUCUUGAGCCAACCGAGUAUGUUCGACCGUCGGGCUCCCAAUUUGAUCUGGUCCAUUACGCAAUGCAAUUCUGGCCAGCACACUACCGAGCAAUAGAAACGCACAGCAACCAUAUGGACAAUCUCCUCGAUCUCCUAGACGGUGGCAACAAGACACUCGUCUUGUCUAAGCUGUUCUCAAAGCUAAACAUUGCAGUCCCACCAUCGGACCUGCAUGUGACUGAUCCACUGCUCCUCGCAGCUCAAUUGGGCCUGGCCAGCAUCGUGCAGGAACGCCAAAAUAGCCUGAUGAAUGCCGAUCGUGAGCUCGCUAUUGAGUUGGCAAGCUGGAGUGGAUACACGGAUGUUGUCGAGAUUUUGUUGCGUGAUGCGGAACGCACGAAACCCUGCAGACUCUCGAGAGCGCUGAAGUAUGCCUCGGCUCGUGGAUAUGAUGCCAUCGUAGAGCAGUUAUUAGAGUACCUGGCGUCGACCGAGAACUUGGAGCCUGACUUACUGGACGAACUAAUUUGUCAGUCAACGCAGCUAGGGUAUGAGCGCCAGGUGUCUUUAUUCCUGAGAUACAACCCGAACGUCGAGGCCUGUCCCAACGGAAAGACGCCGCUCCAGCAUGCAGCACAGAACGGCCAUGCGGCAAUUGUCCACUAUCUGCUUUCCGAAGCUAAAGCUGAUGUAGACGCAAAGGCGGGAGGGGAGAGCAGUUCACCCAUCCUCCUUGCGACCGAGGGAGGUUACCGGACGGUGGUCCAACAUCUGCUUAAUUUCGGUGCCGACAUCGCUGGCCGCCCCAGCGAAGGGAAGCAGAGCACUGCACUCCAUGUGGCUGCCGAAAGGGGCCACGAAGCAAUUGUUAGACUCCUUAUCGAUCAUUUGGCAGUCGCCAAACCGCAGCCAGCGAGCGGCGAACAAGGUAGCACUACCGAGGAGUCUAUUCUCAAUCUCAAGGCCCGAAGCCAGUUCGGACGAUCUCCACUCAUCCUGGCGUGUAUUGAGGGACACAUCGCUAUUGCAUUAGUACUAUUAGAUCGGGGAGCAGACAUCAAGUUGACAGAUGAUAAUGGCAACACCGCCCUUUAUUAUGCCACCGCCCUUUAUAAUAACACAACUCCCAAUCCUAAGUCACUGUCCGAGAAGAUCAUUAAGCGUGCUGCCGCCUUGAGCGAGUUCGCAGAUAUUGGAGACGUCUUUCUCCGCUCUGCGGCACACGGGAUCACCAAUAUUGCCCGUAUCUGCAUUGAGUCCGCGGCCAAAGUGAACGGGGUGCCGCUGAAAAACUUCAGCAAUGGCCACAAGCAGACCGCUCUCCACCUAGCCGCCAGAGAAGGACAUGACGACAUUGUGUCGCUUCUUUUAAAGGCGGGUGCGACGUUGGACGAGGUGGAUGACCGCGGGCAGACGCCGCUGACAGUGGCCGCAUUGGCCGGCAAGAUCGAUAUAGUCAAAACCCUGCUGAAAGCAGGCGCUGACCCGCUGCGGAAGAAUGCCGAAGAAGAGACCAUCGUGGCCCAGGUGGCCUGCAGAAACUGUUCCUCUGUCUUCGCAAGUAUCAUUGAUAUCCUGAUUGACAGCGGUGUGGACCCCAACUCCGUGGAUGACAGUCGCCAUACUGCACUGCACCGGGCGGCAGCAGCGGAUGAAGCGGACGUCGUGGAGUGCCUGUUGCGUAAGAAGGCACGAGUUGCUGUCAAGGACCUACAACUCUGGAAUCCUCUACAUUUUGCCGCCCGGAACUCAUCUGAUAGCGGAACGAAGAUAGCCAGACUGUUGCUUGAAGCAGACGCUGACCCGUUGGAUCCGGAAGAGGACGGUUGGAUCCCUCUUCACGUCGCAUCGAGAUGGGGCAAUGUUUCCAUGUUAGAGCUACUAUGGAAAGCGGCGCCCGACUCCUUGGACGAGGCAGCCGACGACGGACGUACUGUGAUUCACUUCGGAUACGAUGAGCCAGGAUCUCUCGAAUGGAUUUUCAGCCACAAUGUUGAUGUCAACUCCUUGAAUGCGGACAAUGAGACCACGCUGAUGUUGGCCGCUGCCGGGAGAAUGGACAAGUGCGUCAAUCUGCUGCUGGAUCAACAUGCCGUUGUAACUCUGCGCGACAAACGAGGGAGGACUUGUCUGCAUCACGCAGCCGACGGCGGAAAUGUUGACAUCGGCCGACAGUUACUGAAGACGGACCAGAGCCUUGUAUCAUACGUGGACGAUGCCGGCCUCACGGCUCUCUAUGUUGCGAUCCGUGAACACAACCCCGACUUCACCCUGAUGCUGCUCCAAGAGCACUAUACCAACGCUAAUUUGGCGGAGCUGAGUGCGACUAUGGGGGAGGAUGGCGAGCUACCGCUGAUAAAUGCAAUCGAGGACGGCGAUUCAAGGGUCGUUGCGAGGCUCUUGGAACUCGGUGUGGACGCCGAAGUAAGAUCCAAGGGCGGAGAAACAGCCUUGGCCUUGGCUCUGAGAGAAGGUGAGGAGAUGGUGCGUCUCUUGCUAAGUCCCGACAUCCCUCGUCGUGCAAACGUCAAUGCCGGCGGCGGGCGGAACUCGACUGCAUUGUACCAGGUGGCAUCCAUGGGCUCUAUCAACCUCGCCAAGACUCUCAUCAGCCUUGGAGCUCGGGUGGACGGCGAGGGGGGCGUCUUCAACACCGCCCUCAGCGCUGCAUCGUACGAGGGUGAUGACGAGAUGGUCGAAUUUCUCCUUAAUGAAGGCGCGGACCCUAAGAAGCACGGCAGCGAUCUUCCUAAUGCUCUGGGUGUAGCAUUAUAUGCGUACAGUCUUUACCUCGUUCCCGUACUCAUCGAGGCAGGAGUAGAGCUGAAUGCGCAAGAUCCUCAGGGGCGCACGAGCUUGCACAUUGCGGCAUAUUGGGCCUCCUUGGACAUAGUCGACGAACUGCUCGACGCAGGAGCCGACCCUACUAUCAAGGAUAAGCAAGGUCGCACUAUUUUCCACCAUGCCGCGGCAGGCGGUGAUGCCGACGUGAUCAUGAAAUUUCUACAAGAUACCAACUUGAGCCACCUCAAUGUCGAGGACAUCAACGGGUGGACCCCUCUGCACUGGGCCGCGCGCCAUGACGAUAAUCUAAACCUAGCCAUGGCGCUCAUAGAGCAUGGCGCCGAUCCCACAAAUACAACCCCAGACGGAUGGACCCCAGAGAACAUUGCCGUUUUCCACAGCGCGGACGACAUGGCGGACUUGAUGGUUGAGGAGGCUGCGAAGAAGGCCCAGCCGACAACGGGUGACGAAGCCCAAGAUGGGAACGAUAGCAAGCCUGAGGACUUGGCAGCCGACCAGGAGCAUGCACCCGGGUCUAUACAGUGGAAGACGGGGCACUAUCACUCUUUGGUUUCUUGUGAUGGCUGUUUCAUAGAGUCCAUCUAUGGCGUUCGUUGGCGAUGUACGGACAGAAACUUUAACUACUGCUUCAAAUGCUAUUGGACUGCUGAGAAGACGCAGCCUGGUCAGGAGUGGGAGAGACUGCCGAAAUCGAGCACGGACCACGAUCGAUUUCCUCAGCGCGAAGAAGACGGAGAGGACGCAGGGACUGGUUCAAACUCAGAGAGUGAUGAUGACUCCGACUGA